AUGCUCUGUCCUAGCUCAAUCGUCCUCACGCAUCUCAACUGGCUACGAACCGAUCAGAUGUCGUCAAUGUCGUCUCUACAGACGCGGCUAAAGGACCUAUCUACCUCCUUGGCCCAGGUCCAUACCCUAAUCACCAGACUGCGCAAUUUCACAACCGCCGUUGGACAGGGCGACGAGGCUCGCGUGGAACUAGGCACAGAAAUCCACAGCCUUCUGAAGGAUGCCGAGGAGGAACUCGAAUUAUUGAAGGUUGAAGUGGAGGCUCUUGAACCGGUGACGGACAGUCGACGAAAAGCAGUGGAUAACGAGAAAGAGCUGGAGAGGGAGAGGAUUGUUGCGUUGGCAGGGAGGCUGGCGCAAGACCUGAAGAAGACGAGAGGAGAUUUCCGCACCGCCCAGUUACAAGCAAAGCGCAAUGCGGAAGCUGCGCGCCGCAAGGAGAGAGAGCUUCUAUUCUCGCGAGCGCAAAGCGCCGAGCGGCACAAACAGUCGAAUGAGAAACUGACCCAGGACGAAGUCAUACUGAACGCGUCGAACGACGUUACGGCCGCCUUGCGGCGGACGCACCAGCUCAUGCAGGCUGAACUCUCCCGCAGUCGGUUUGCGCAGGAGACGCUAGAGCAAUCAACUGCGGCGCUUUCGUCGCUGUCGGAGUCCUAUACGAGUCUUGACUCACUACUCUCGUCGUCGCGCAACUUGGUCGGGUCUCUUCUACGCUCGCAGAAGUCGGAUACUUGGUACCUGGAGACGGCGUUUUAUAUUCUUAUUGGGACGAUCACUUGGCUGGUGUUCCGUCGCAUACUGUACGGCCCUUUAUGGUGGCUCGUGUGGCUGCCGCUUCGACUGGUAGCCAAGUUUGUGUUCGCUGUUCUCGGUACCGUGGGUAUCACCAGUAAGAGUGUCCAGGCCUCCCCCAGCGCGUCUGUCAGUGACUCGCCUGUCGUGGAGACGCCAAUCGUGGAUCAUAAAGUCGAGGCCAAUGUCAAGAGUGCUGAAGGUGAUGCGAUGUGGGACCGAACCGCGCCGGAAGAUGUGGAGGGAGAUCGCAUGAUCGAUGAGAUCGGGGAGAUGGUGGAGGAAUCGACCAAGCAGGAGGAGACCAACAUUGAUGACAUAUCGCCUGAAGAGAUGAAGAGGCAAGCCGAGCUUCCGCGAAAUACCAAGAAGAGGAUGUAUGAAGCUACCGAGGUGGCACAGAACAGGAAGGAUGAGCUAUAG